UGUGUUUGUAUGUAUAUAUAAAAUAUAGGGGUAGAAAAAAUGGAACUCAUUACAGAAACUAAGAGAAAUAUGGAGAAGGCAAUAGUCAUUGGUUUGAUCAUAAGCUUGUCAUUAAUGAUGAUGAUCAUGCCUAUGGUUGAUGCACUUGAUAAAAGCCCAAAGGCAGUGGAACAAUGGUUCCAAAAGCUUCCCCAUGCAAAGCAAAAGACAACCAAGCUUCAUUUCUACUUUCAUGACAUAGCUGAUGGUGGAGCAAACGAGACAGCUCCCAUAAUUGCUCAGGCAAACAUCACAUCUCUAUCACCUUUUUUAUUUGGCAUACUCAGGAUGAUAGACGACCCUUUGACUGUUGGGCCAGAGUUGAGUUCCAAAAGAAUUGGUUCUGCUCAGGGAAUAUAUGGUUCUGCAGCAAUGGAUGAAUUCGGUUUGCUAAUGAACCUCAACUUUGUGUUCACUCAAGGACCAUACAAGGGUAGCACUUUGAGUUUGCUUGGUAGAAAUGCCAUUGGGCAACAAUAUAGGGAGAUGCCUAUUGUUGGUGGAUCUGGUCUUUUCAGGCUUGCUCGGGGAAUUGCUACUGCUAAGACCUACUUUGCUAACUUUACCCUUGCCAUCGUUGAGUAUCAUCUCAUUGUACUUCAUUAUUAACUC